CUCUUUUUUACUUUUGUUUAUAUUAAAUUUUUUUUUUUGGUUGAAUAUGGGUAAUAUAUUUUCGAAAUCAACUGCUUCCACAACUUCAACUCUUGGAAAACGUGUACGCGGUGAAGAGGACGAAGACAACUCAAAACGUGUCAAAGUAGACAUUCCACCUGUCUUGGAAAGUGAUGUCGGGAUCUCUGCCUUUGUGAACCCUGACUUGACUGGUUUCCAUUGUAUUCUCAAAAAUAGGGCUGAAGAUUUCCUUGUCAAUGAAGUAGAUCUAGAUGGUCAUGUAGUAAGGCUCACAAGUUUUGAACAACCGAAAACUCAUAAUCCUGCUAGAAUGGACAAACUUACCGACUCAGAACUUGAUGCCAAAAUGGAAGAAUUAUUUGAUGCUAAAGUUGCCAAAGAAUUCCGUUACCUUUUGGAUCAUCGUGAUGAAAUUGAUCGUGUGGUUUCUAUUCAGACAACAAAAGAAACUAGACAAGAGCUAUACAAGAUUAUAUCUACUUUUGAUACACCUUUGAAAUCUUCUGUGAAAGAUGGACUUUUGACUAUAUGUUGGCCUGAAAACACCGAGAACGUCAAUCGUAGGAUUUAUAUUGAUUACCUUGCUAUGGGUGGUGAUUAUCUUCAAUUCAAUGUAUACAAAACAAAUAUUGAUACUAUGGGUGCUGCUAAUUGGAUUUCUAAAAUUGUCAAGGUUCCUGGAAAAAAUAUCAGUUAUGCCGGUACCAAAGAUGCACGCGCCAUUACUGUGCAAUCAAUGACCAUUUCCAAAGGUCGCCCUGAUCGAUUUGAGGAAGUCAAGGAUGAAUUGAAGGAACAUGGUAUUUCAGUGGGCAAUUUCAAGUUUACUCCAAAAGGUUUGACUUUAGGUGAUUCUGAUGGGAAUCAUUUUGGUAUAGUUCUCCGUGACGUUUCUGGUGCUGAUGAAGAUUCUAUCACCACCUCUUUGAACUCUUUGAAAUCACAAGGCUUUUUGAAUUAUUAUGGUAUGCAACGAUUUGGAACAAGUAGCAUAUUGACACAUGAAAUUGGUCGCAAGAUUUUACAAAAGGAUUAUGCUACUGCUUCUGAUCUUAUUCUGAUGCCACGUGCUGGAGAUGGACCUAGUUAUGCUAAAGCGAGAGAACUCUGGGCAGAAACAAAGGAUCCCAAGGCUACAUUAGCUAUUUUCCCUCGACGAGCUAACGCUGAAAUUAAAAUGUUGAAAAGUUAUGAACGAUUCCCUGGAAAUCAUCAAAAGGCCAUCAAGAACAUAACACGAAAUUUGUACCUCUUGUAUAUUCAUGCCUAUCAAUCAUACAUUUGGAAUCGUGUUGUAUCUGAACGUGUCAAGCGAUUUGGUUGUACUGCCCCUAUAGUAGGAGAUCUAGUGAUGGUUGAACCUAAUGAUGAUGAUAUUAAGAAGAAGCAGAAUGGUCAAGUUAGUAAUAAUGUUGGUCGACGUGAUCCUUGGGCUAGAAAGGUUCCUUUGGUAUUGACAGAAGAAAAUAUCCACUCUUACUCUAUCAAGGAUGUUGUUUAUCCUGUACCUGGUCGUCGUACGAUUCUCCCAAAAAAUGAAAUUGGUGAUCUUUUCCAAGAAUAUUUGGCUGAAGAUAAACUCAACUUGAAAGACAAUGUUUUUGAUGAUAUCCCUGGUGAUUAUAGAACUAUACUUUCUGUUCCUGAUAAUAUGUCAUGGUCAUUUAUUCGUUACAAUGAUCCUACAGAAAAACUUGUCAAUACCGAUCUUGAUACAGCAUUGGGUGAACCUCAACCAGUUGGUGAACCUGAUGGUAAGCACCUGGCUUUACGUGUGGAAUUUACAUUGGGAUCCAGUCAAUAUGCAACUAUGGCUUUACGUGAAAUCAUUCGUAUUGAAACAUCUUCUCAAAGCCAAUCCAAAUUGGUCCAUAGUUUAUAAUGAAUCCUCUUUGUUGUAUAGUUUUUAUUAGUUUAUAGAAAAUGGAAAUUCUCUUCCUCAUAUAGUUUAUUUUUCCCUGCAUCAUUUUUUUUUAUAUAAUACAUCAAUAAAAUAACGUUUUGUACUCA